UCAUCCCAACUCAUCGUGUCACGUUAUCACAAUGGAGAUGUUCGGUAGCGGUUUGGAUGGUCCAUUACCUUCCACUACUUCAGCCCUGACUAGCUUGGUCAAACUCCAGAUUAGCGAUCUAGGAGGAAAUCCGUCUUCCUUUCCUCCACUGCAGAAUUUGAAGUCUCUCAAAACAUUGGAGUUGAGGAGAUGCAACAUAUACGGACGACUUCCUAAAUAUAUUGGAGAUAUGACGAGUCUGAAAACACUUGACCUCAGUUUUAACAUCUUAACGGACAAGAUCCCGUCAUCAUUAGCCAACUUGAAGUUAGCAGAUUAUAUUUACUUGGCAGGAAACAAGUUCACAGGAGGUGUUCCGAACAGUUUUAUCGAAACUAAUAAAAAUAUAGAUAUAUCUUCCAACAAUUUCACCCUUCAAAGUUCAAUUCCUAGUGGUGAUUGUGACCAAGUUAAUAAUGCAUAUAAGGGCUACCCUUGUUACUUCCAACACUUCCCUUGCCUUUUGCCUAAAAGAAAAUACAAAUAUAAGCUAUACAUAAACUGUGGGGGAGAUGAAAUAAACGUUGACAAAGAAAAGACAUACGAAGCUAACGUAGAGGGCCAACGACCUUCUACAUUUGUCUAUGGCUCUGACAAGCACUGGGCAUUUAGCAGCACCGGACACUUCAUGAAUGAUCUUACAGAAGUGGAUGACUACACCGUGUCUAACACCUCUACACUAUUAGCCGAUGCUUCGUCUCCAAGUUUCGUGCUGUACAAGACGGCUCGGAUUUCUCCUCUCUUGUUGACAUACUAUGGAAUCUGUCUCGGCAAUGGGGAGUACACUGUGAGUCUCCACUUUGCAGAGAUAAUAUUUACCAGCGACAGUACAUUUUACAGUCUUGGCAAACGAGUUUUUGAUAUUUAUGUUCAGGAGAAGUUGAUGAUUAAAAACUUCAACAUUAAAGAAGCUGCUGGUGGAUCGGGGAAGCCAAUCAUAAAAACAUUUUUGGUAAAUGUAACAAAUCAUAAUCUGAAGAUCAGCUUGAGGUGGGCUGGCAAAGGGACAACUACGCUUCCAAUUAGAGGAGUUUAUGGCCCUAUGAUCUCAGCAAUAUCAGUUGAACCUAGUAACUUUGGCGUCGUUGCCCUUGAAAUCGUCAGUGGAAAGAGUAACUCAAACGUCAAACCAAGCGAGAAAUUGGAGUGCCUUCUUGAUCAGGCCUACGUUUUGCAAGACAUGGGAUGCUUACUAGACUUGGUUGAUCCAGUGCUAGGUUCAGCUUACUCAAAAGAGGAAGCAAUGGUGAUCUUGAACGUGGCGCUAAUGUGCACUAACACGUCCCCGGCGUUAAGGCCAAAAAUGUCGCAGGUCGUGAGUCUCCUCGAGGAAAAGACCGCAAUGAAAAACCUGUUGUCGGACCCAAACUUCUCAGCAGUGAACCCGAAGCUGAAGGCUUUAAGAAAAUUCUUUUGGCAGAGCGAAGCCUCCACAAGCGGACCUCGUACCACUGACUCUGUUGAUGCUGAAGAGAACGUAUCAAAAGACGAAAUAGUAGAAGAACCAGAACUUGAGUGUGAGUGAACUUGAGUGAAGCAUUCUCUUUGGUCAAAUUUUUUGUCUUAUAUAUCUUCUUAGUUUCUUCUCUUUCAGCUGAAACUAGUUCUUAAAGUAUCUUGUUUUAUAUUCCUUCAAAUUUGUGACCCUUAGGAAAAUCUUGAGGAUUGUAUUUGUAAAGGUCACUGCUUUGGCCUUUCUUUGUUUCAAGCUCCUAAAAAGUGUAUUCCUUUAUUUGAUAUGGUGUAAUGGUAACAGAUGGUCAGGAAGCAUUCUCUUUGGUCAAAUUUUUUGUCUUAUAUAUCUUCUUAGUUUCUUCUCUUUCAGCUGAAACUAGUUCUUGAAGUAUCUUGUUUUAUAUUCCUUCAAAUUUGUGACCCUUGGGAAAAUUUUGAGGAUUGUAUUUGUAAAGGUCACUGCUUUGGCCUUUCUUUGUUUCAAGCUCCUAAAAAGUGUAUUCCUUUAUUUGAUAUGGUGUAAUGAAAAACUAACAACAUU